AUAACUUUUUUUGUAUUAUUUUACAGAGGAAGUAAAGAAUAUGAUGACUUUUGGGUGUUUGUUGAAAAAUAUGAAAACUUCCAAAAACGACAAAAAGAUAGAAAUCCAAAGACCAAACCAUGUGUGACAGGAGAGUCUAGUCUUGGUAUACCAUCUCACUAUGAUAAAAGAUACCGUAUAAACAUAGCCUUGAAAAACAGAGAUGUUGAAGAUUUUAUUAAAAAAGGGAGGCUUGCAGAUGCGGACAUUGAUGAAGAGAUAACAGUUGAGAGAGUGAAGGAAUUUAAGAAUAUAUUAUUGCACUACCUUGACUUUCAACAGAAACAAAAGUUAUCCAAGUUGAAGAAAGUAAAGGCGGACCAGGAGAAUCUGCCGAUCUUCCAGCACAAGUCGGAAAUAGUAGAGCUUGUACGAGACAAUCAGGUCGUUAUAAUCGCAGGAGAUACUGGCUGUGGCAAGUCUACUCAGGUACCUCAGUAUUUACUGCAGGCGGGUUAUGAGAAGAUAGCAUGUACUCAGCCUCGGAGGAUAGCUUGUGUUUCACUGUCAAAGCGUGUGGGAUAUGAAACUCUGAACGAGUAUGGCUCUGAUGUUGCUUUCCAGGUAAGGAGGAAAAUGUAUACGAGCAAACACAAACGCUACUCUUUCUUGACUGAAGGUUUAUUGUUACGUCAGAUGACGUCAGAUCCGCACCUGUCAAUGUAUAACGUGAUAGUCAUUGAUGAAGUUCAUGAGCGGCACAUUCACACAGACUUCCUGCUUGGCAUUCUCAAAUGUCUCGUACAUCACCGUGAUGAUGUGAAGGUUGUGCUGAUGUCAGCAACCAUCAACAUUGAUCUUUUCAGUAAUUAUUUUGAAGAUGCUCCAGUUAUGAAGGUACCUGGACGACUAUAUCCUAUAGAGAUGGAGUUUUGUCCUAUACAGAAGGACAGUGAUACAAGGACAGAGAGACUGGACCCCUCACCAUAUCUCAAAAUUAUGCAGAGAAUUGAGAAAAAGUACCCUCGUUCAGAACGUGGAGAUCUACUUAUAUUUCUGAGCGGCCAGAAAGAAAUAAUGUCUGUAGUAGAGGCAGCUAGGGCGUACACUCAACAAACAAAAACAUGGAUAGUGCUGCCCCUUCAUAGUGCACUCUCUGUUGAUGAACAGGAAAAGGUGUUUGACAUUGCACCUGAGGGUGUAAGAAAGUGUAUAGUCUCAACCAACAUUGCUGAGACCUCUGUAACUAUAGAUGGUGUGAGGUUUAUAGUCGAUUCUGGGAAGGUGAAGGAGAUGAGUUUUGAUCCGAAGUACAAAAUGCAGAGACUACAGGAGUUCUCUAUAAGCAGAGCUAGUGCUGAACAGAGAAAAGGCAGAGCAGGUAGGACAGGACCAGGUGUUUGCUUUAGAUUAUAUGAUGAGAAAGAAUAUGAAAGUUACCAGGAGUAUACCACCCCAGAGAUCCAACGUGUCCCGCUAGACUCUCUUGUACUACAAAUGAUCUCAAUGGGCUUGCCUGACCCUCGCAAGUUUCCAUUCAUCGAAGCCCCUAGUAUCCAGAGUCUUGAAAACGCAAUUAUUUUUCUGCGAGAACAAGGUGCUUUAUUUGAGGAUGAAAGUCUUACCCCAAUAGGGUUGAUGUUGUCUAAACUACCUGUUGAUGUUGUCAUUGGAAAAAUGCUUAUUAUGGGAUCCAUAUUUCAUAUGAUUGACCCUGUGUUGUCUAUAGCAGCAGCUAUGAGUGUACAGUCACCUUUUACCAGCAAAAUGUACACUGAUGUUGACUCCAUGGCUGCCAGGAAAAGUUUAGAAUCAGAACAUGGUGACCCUUUCACAUUACUCAACGCCUUUGAUGAAUGGAUUCAGGUAAAAGCUGAUGGUCGAGGGACAAAGAAAUGGUGUAAGAGGCGAGGUUUGGAAGAGCAAAGAUUUUAUGAAAUGACUAAACUGAAGAGACAGUUUAAAGAAUUACUACAGGAUCAUGGUUUACUUGAGAAAGUCGAGGAACAACAGCAGUAUAUGAGUAGUGCUGAACGUCGGCAGAAACAUGGCGAGAGAAAACGUCUUAGUGAGUUAAGAAGAGAACAGAGAAAAGAAUCAAAGAAACGAAAAGUCCUUAAGAUGGAUGACGAGGAUUAUCAGAUCAGUGAUGGAGAGGAUGAAAAAGACUCGGACAUCAAAGAUCUUGAGUUCCGACUCUCUCAUAAUUUGCAACAGCUUCAGGAAACAUCAAAUGAGAGUCGACGUUUUACACUCCGUGAUAUAAAUCUAUUAAAGAUCAUAUUAUGUAGUGGACUAUAUCCUCAGGUAUCAAUAGCUGAUGACUGUAACACAUUUAAAUCUACCUCCGAACAAGCAUUCCAUACAAAGAGUAAACCAUUUGUAUUGCUACACCCUACCAGUGUUUUCUCUUACAAACCAGAGUUACUUCAUCCCAAACAUGACACUGAGUCAGGAAAACAUAAUCCAGCAGAUCUUAAAGGACUUCUCAGCAAUAAACAUGAACUUUUAACUUUUGUAUCUAUUCUUGAAACAAACAAGCCAUUUUUGAUAAACACAAUGAGGGUGCCUGCCUUACAGACUGUGACUUUAUUUUCUAACAACAUUGACACAAACACUAACUGUACAAGGUUAAUAUGUGAUGGGUGGUUAGAGGUAACUAUACCUGAUGAGGAAUCAGCAGAACAAGUAAUGUCUAGUGUGAUACAGCUGAGAGCCACCUGGCAAAACUUACUCAAACUACGACUUGAAGACACAUUUCUGUCUAUGGAGUCUGAACGAAGGAUCAGUCAGCGGGCAAGGAAACUGGAGAGAACGUUGGCAAGUAAACUGACAGAGUUUCUCAGUUCAGAUGUGAGGUAUACACUCCGGAGAGUACUGGCUGCUGAGAUGAAAAAUGUCUACAUUGGACCUGAAAGAACACGUGGAGAAAUAAAAGAUGUAUUUAAUUCAGCCUCUGAAAGUAAGCCACAUCCAACUAAAGGUGGACUUAUAAUCAAUGAAUAUCUCACACAUGGCUGUUUAUUAGAUGAUGGCACAGCGAGUGUUGUUGGAGAGUUCACAAUGACCAUGCAACGUCACUGGACGUGUCCUAGAUGUAAUGUUUCCAUGGUAGCCAGUAUUGGGGAGAGAUUGGAACAUGAAGCAAUGUGUCAUGCCAGUAACAUUACAGCCACUCAAUCAGAAGAUAAGGCGGAUCAGGAGGAGGAGCGUAAUAUGCAAAUGAAUCCACUUAGAAAGUCCUACUUUUGUGCUGAAUGUGACAAACAACUACAGCUCACCAUGACGGAAAUAUUAAAACAUAAAAAGUCACAUUUGGAUAACACUGGAAUCAUGUAGUGCUUCAAUGUGGCUUCUGACUUUAAAGUCAUCAGUAAUGACAUGGACUUUACUGAGGCUAUUCGCCAAGACGGGACUAGAAAUAAAUUUAUGUGAUUUGAGAGUGCAUCAUUUAAUUUUGUCAUGGACCAAUGAAUUGUGCAAAAUUUCAGAUCCUUCUCUCACUUGUUGGUCAUAAAUUGUUAUUUCUAUUGUGCAAAAUGACCAAAAAAUGAAAAUGGUUUUAACAUUUAUCACUCAAGUUAUGUUAAGAUUGGAACCAAAAAUUAAAUUUUGAUAUAGUUCUGAAUUUAUGUCUUUAUUAUCUUUUUACAGAUUUACCCUUUUAUAUGUUGAAGCACGGAUUUAUAUUACACGGAUUUAUCCGUGAUAUAAAUCCGUGGUCGAAGGUGAGACAAAGAAAGUUAUUUUAUGUCCCAGGCCGCACUUAACCUAUUCAAGAAUUUUUGUUUGUUUUUAUGUACACAAGGAUUUAGGCUUUAAGACCUCAGUCAAGGAACUAAUUUAAGAUCGACUAUGUUGUGCCCUCAUAUACAUGUAUCUGUUACUGUUUUUUUUAAACUUUGUGUGAGUCCGUU